UCUGGCGCUAGGAAGGCUGGGAACACUGCCAAUCAAUGAUGUGAAGGUUCCGAAAGGGCACCUGCCUCAGGGCGGCCUUUCUGACGUCACUUCCGCCAGCAAAAAAAGAUGGCGGCUUGGAGCGUUGGGUGGCUGCGGACUUGGUGCUUCCUGGCCAGGCAGAGCCGUCCCCUCCUGGCACCUUUGAGGACCCGCUGUGCCUCCGGACUGAGGGGACCUUGGAGCAAAGCAGCCGCCUUGGGCCUCGGAGCCACGCUCGCGGCCAUCCCCAUCACACAGAAACAUGAUCCAAGUUCUCUCAGCAAUGAAGCUUUAAUCCGAAGAGCUGCCUCUUUGGUAACCGAUAGCACCGGUACUCUCCUCUCUCAGACCACAUAUGCGUUAAUUGACGCACUGACAGAAUAUACCACGGCAGUUUACACACUGGUGUCCCUGUACCAGAAGUAUGCACACCUCAUUGGGAAAAUGAAUUCUAAAGAGGAGGAUGCUGUCUGGCAGGUGAUCAUUGGUGCUCGAGUAGAGAUGACUGAAAAGCAGCAAGAGUACUUGAAACUAGAAUCCCGAUGGAUGACUGCGCUGCGUCUUUCGGAGAUGGCGGCCGAAGCAGCCUAUCAAUCAGGGGCUGACCAGGCCUCGGUAGGCACACAUAACCACAUCCAGCUGGUGAGAACACAAAUCCAAGAGGCCCGCCAGCUGUCGCAGAAGGCCGAGAGCAAGCUAGCCGAGGUCCAAACGGAGGAGCUCAUGAAGCUGAAGGAAGAGGAGGCCUUGGCAGCUGCGAGGCGCCAGGCCAGUGUGGAGGAAGCCGAGGAGGCCUAUCUCCGUGAAGACUGAAGACGGGAAGGCCACACGGAUGGUAACCCUGUUCCGUUGAAAGCCUUGGGCCUGGGCAGCCCCUGAACUGGGGAGGUGUGUUUCCAGCCUGUUGGGGAAAGUUAAUUCUACUUGAAUGCACAGCUGUACAAAUGUGAAAACAAGCACCAGAGAGGCACCUGCGUUUGUGCCUCUUGUGACCUCCGAGUGGAAAGCGAAAUUAUGGAGAGAAAUUAAAUCGCGCCUUCAACUCCCCAAAGCCUGGCGGUAACUACAGGUUCAAAUCCACAAAGGGCUUUUUUCUCUCUUCUCUAAGUGUUCUAAAAAUACUUGUUUGUGUUUGUGAGGAACGAUGGUACCUAGUUCAAAAAAUGUUUUCACGUUGUGUUCCUAACCAUUCAGUUUGGAGAACGAUAACUUCUGUUGUUUACUUAAUUCUACAGACAGCCAGUUUUUAAAAUAAAGAUAAGUAAAAACGA